AUGGGGAAACAAAGAAGGGCGGCUAUCUUGCCGACUAAUAUCAUAUUGCUACAAAAUGUAGUAAAAAGAGACCCAGAGUCCUAUUAUGAAGAGUUUGUACAGCAAUAUUCUCAUUAUGAGUCACUUCGUGACUUGUAUUUGGAGAACCCCGCGGGAGCAGCAGAUACGAAUUCAGCGACAGAUUUUAUAGAGUUGAUUGGGUUUCUUUCAGCUGUAUGUAACUGUUAUCCUAAGGAGACUGCUAAUUUUCCACAAGAAUUGAAAACGUUGUUGCUUUCCAACCAUCGUAAUUUGACUCCAGAUUUACGUGAAAAGAUUAUUCAAUGCUUAACUAUGUUGAGGAAUAAAGGUGUGAUUACAGCUGAAAGUUUGAUGCAAACCAUUUUCCCAUUGUUGACUGCAUAUGCCACGGGAACUACUCCUACAGGCCAACAUGUAAAACAAAUGAGACGGCAGAUAUACUCGACCUUGGUUUCAUUAUUGAAAUCGGUCAAUACAGGGGCCAAAAAUCAAAAGUUGAAUAAAUCGACACAAGCCUUAUUGUUUAAUCUUUUGGAACGAAAAGAUACCCAGGGGCUAUGGGCUACAAAAUUAACUAGAGAGCUAUGGAGAAGAGGUAUAUGGGAUGACUCACGUACUGUGGAAAUAAUGACACAAGCAGCAUUGCACCCAGAUGUAAAAGUUGCCAUUGCUGGAGCCAGAUUCUUUUUAGGAGCAGAUAAGGAAAGAGAAGAGAACUUUGAAGAUGACUCAAGUGACGAGAACGGAUUUGAUAUGGGGGCAUUGAAGCACAAAUUAGAAGUUAAUAAGAAAUCAUCGAAAAGAGGCAAGAAAUUGGAGCAUGCAAUCAAACAAAUGAAGAAAAAACUGAGCACCAAACACUCGGCGACGUAUUUAAAUUUUUCGGCUAUUCAUUUAUUAAGAGAUCCUCAAGGUUUUGCAGAACAGUUGUUUGAUAAUCAUCUAAGUUCUAAAAACUCCAAUAAAUUUGAUUUAGAUCAAAAGAUUUUGUUUUUGAACUUGAUUUCAAGGUUGAUUGGUACCCAUAAGUUGAUUGUAUUGGGUAUUUAUACCUUUUUCUUGAAAUACCUCACACCGAAACAAAGGAACGUUACUCAAAUAAUGGCAGCUUCAGCUCAAGCGUCACACGACUUGGUGCCGCCGGAAAACAUUGAAGUUGUAGUGAGAAAAAUAGCCGAUGAGUUUGUUAGUGAUGGUGUUGCUGCUGAAGUAGCCUCAGCAGGGAUAAACACAAUUCGGGAGAUUUUGGCGCGUGCUCCUUUAGCUAUUGAUGCUUCAUUAUUACAAGAUUUGACUGAGUAUAAAGGAUCCAAGUCUAAAGCAGUAAUGACAGCGGCAAGGUCUUUGAUUUCGUUAUAUCGUGAAAUUGCACCAGAUAUGUUAUUAAGAAAAGACCGGGGUAAGGUUGCUAGUAUGGAGUUGCAAAAGGGAGACAAGCUGAAACCUAGAGGACCGCAGUAUGGUGUAGAACAAGCAGUUCACGGUAUACCCGGCUUGGAAUUAUUGGCCAAGUGGAAACAAGAACAUGGGAAUAAUGAUGAGGAAGAUGAAGAAGAUGAUGCAAAUUGGGAAGUUGAUGACGGGGAUGACGAGGAUGGAACUGAAAUAGAGGGAGAGUGGAUAACUGUAGAGUCGGAUGAAGAAAUUGACAUAUCAGAUAGUGGCGAGGAUGAAGAUGAAAAGAAAAAUGAUGAGGAUGUUUCUGAUUUGGAAUUAUCUUCUGAUGAGGAGGAAAAGGAAGAGAAGGGUGGGGGAGAAGAAGAAAGGCCGAGAAAGAAAACCAAACUCGACUCUUCUUCUUCUUCUUCUUCAUCGGCGAUUUCCACAGAGUUAGCCAUGAACGAAAUGUUAUCCAGCAGGAUCCUUACGCCUGCUGAUUUUGCCAAAUUAGAAGAACUACGUACAGAAGCAGGCGUUUCCAAACUAAUGGGUAUAAGAAAUGAAGAUGCAAUUGAUUCAAGCAAACUAGUAGGUAAAGUAAAAUACAAGCAAUUACGAGAAGAAAGAAUUGCGCAUGCAAAAGAAGGCAAAGAAGACAGGGGUAAAUUUGGAUCACGCAAGGGUAAACGUGAUGCUCCUCAUUCAACGACUAAUAAGGAGAAAUCUAGGAAGAAGAAUUUUGUAAUGAUGAUACAUAAAAAGGCAGUUCAAGGGAAGCAGAAACUAUCAUUGCGUGAAAGACAAAAAGUUCUUCGUGCUCAUAUUGAUAAGCAGAAGAAGAAAGGUAUGUGA